AUGGCCGAAAAGGACAUCACAAAGUAUCUCCAGCAGAGCCACGACCGGCUCUUCCACAACAACCGCGCCUGGGCCGAGAACAAGGCAAAGGUCAACCCUGACUUCUUCAAGAACCUCGCCGCCGGCCAAGCACCCGAGUACCUCUGGAUCGGAUGCGCCGACUCCCGCAUCCCCGCCGAGCAGAUCUGCGGCCUUGAGCCCGGCGAGGCAUUUAUCCACCGCAACAUUGCCAACCUCGUGUGCAACACGGACCUCAACGCUAUGGGCGUGAUCAACUACGCCGUCAAGCACCUCGGCGUCAAGCACAUCAUCGUCUGUGGUCACUACGGCUGCGGAGGUGUCAAGGCGGCUAUGACCCCCCAGGACCUCGGCCUGCUGAACCCGUGGCUUCGCAACAUCCGCGACGUGUACCGCCUUCACGAGAAGGAGCUCGAUGCGAUCGAGGACGAGAGCGCUCGCUACGACCGCUUGGUCGAGCUGAAUGUCGUCGAGCAGUGUCGCAACGUCAUCAAGUCUGCUGAUGUCCAGCAGUCGUGGCACGAGAACCAGUAUCCCAUUGUCCACGGAUGGGUGUUUGGUUUCAAGGACGGACUUCUCAAGGAUCUUAAGAUUGACUUUGAGGCUGUGUUGGCCGACAUCCAAAAGAUUUACAACCUUGUUGACAAGAAAUAA